AUGACACGGCGCCGCCGGGGCAAGCGCGGGCGCACGAGCCCAGGCCCGCCGCCGAAGCGCCGCCGCGGAGGCGCGCCGGAGAUAGAGUCAGACGACUACCCUGAGCCCGUUCCGACUCCGGCGCCUGCUGCUCCCCAGCCAUCUUCGGUGAUGGUCGCCGGGCUGCCGCCCGGCUGCGGCGUGCUGGAGCUCAAGUCACGGCUGGAGGCGUACGGCCCCAUCGCGCGGGCCCGCGUCGACGCCUCAACGGCCACCGGGUACGUCACCUUCCGGUUCGGUGCGGCCGCCGUGGCCGCCAUUGCCGCGUCCCUCGACCCCGGUGGCGGAAUCGCCAUCGGAUCCAAGAAGGUUAUAGUUGUACAGGCCAGUGAGGCACCCCAUAACUCAAUAAGGGCUGCUGAAUCCGCAGGGCGAUCGUCGCACGAUGCAACUGUGAAGAACGUGACUGAUAAUUCAGCCAUGCUGAGCUCCAAAGCAGCUUCUGGAGCGACUUACAAGGCGCGAGAAAUAGUCGCCUAUGAUGAUCUGUUCUAG